GAAUAUGUGGUCAUUGUUCUCCAGAGAUCCUACCAAGGACUUCCCUUACGAGAUCGGCGAUCCCGUCGAAUGUCUCGAUAACAAAAGUAUUUGGUCACUUUUUCGGGCGAAGAAAAAGGGUACAGCAGGUGGUGAAGAUGUCUCAGUGUUUGUUUUUGACGUCAAAAAUGGAGAAGGCCAGUUGGAAAUUGCUCGCAGUACUGUCAAGAGACUCAAAACCCUGCGGCAUCCGAGUAUUCUCACUUACAUCGACAGUUUAGAGACGGACAAAGUGAUCUAUUUAGCAACAGAACGAGUAGAACCCUUGCAGAAUCGUCUAGCCAGAAAAGGAGACAUUGGUGAGGGAAUAAAGAAGGAGUUGUACUUUUCGUGGGGUAUUUUUCAAAUUACAAGAGCUCUGAGUUUUCUAAACAACGACGGUAAUCUACGUCACAACAAUGUCAAUUUAUAUUCUGUAUACGUGAACGAAGAGAGCGGAGAAUGGAAACUUGGGAGCGUAGAAUACAUGACUGCCGUAGACACCCCAUAUACGUCUCUUCCACACAUCCUUCAGGUUUAUGCACCCCCCGAGAUCAAAGAGAAUGUCAAACCAGCCACAAAAUGCUCGAUCGAUAUGUGGGGUCUUGGAUGUCUAAUUUGGGAAUCGUUCAAUGGCCCCCUUGUUCAACGGGCGAACCUCAAGAGCGUCGAUCAAAUACCCAAACAAUUAUUGACGGUAUUUCGAGAAUUGACUGGCGCCCAACCUGAUGGUAGGCCGAAUCCCGCCGACGUGAUAGCGCGAUGUCGCAGCAACGGAGGUUUUUUCAAAAAUGAUUUGGUCGAUGCGCUUCUUUUUCUCGAAGAGAUACAGAUGAAAGAGCGUGGAGAGAAGGGCCGUUUUUUCGCUCAGUUGGCCAAUCAAUUGGACAGUUUUCCUGAAGGUGUUGGGCGGUUCAAAAUCCUGCCGCAAUUAUUGGCAGCUUUUGAAUUCGGAGAUGCGGGGAGCGCGGUUUUACCGCCGCUUCUGCAAUUAGGACGACAAUUACCAGAUGCCGAAUAUCAACGUCGAGUUAUUCCAUGUGUUGUUAAAUUGUUCGCAUCGAAUGAUCGCGCCACGAGAUUGAGACUUUUGCAACAGCUCGAUAGGUUCGUCAGUCAUCUUCAACCGGCAACUAUAAACGAAGCCAUAUUCCCACAAGUGGCUCGAGGUUUCCUGGAUACGAAUCCUGCCGUGAGGGAACAAACUGUCAAAUCGGUCGUACACUUAGCUCCAAAAUUGGAUUAUAAUAAUCUCAAUGUUGAAACACUUAAACAUUUUGCAAGACUUCAGUCUAAAGACGAACAGGGCGGAAUACGAACGAAUACGACUAUUUGUUUAGGAAAAAUUGCCCAACACCUUCAUCCUCAAAUUAGGCAAAAGGUUUUAAUAGGUGCAUUUAUUAGGGGUACGAGAGACCCUUUUCCACCUGCGAGGAGCGCAAGUGUGUCAGCCCUCGCUAUAACUCAACAGUACUUUUUACUCCAAGAAGUUGCUAACAGAAUAUUGCCCGCUCUGUGUUCGCUCACGACAGACUCCGACAAAGGAGUGAGAGACAGCGCGUUUCGAACGAUACGAGGUUUUUUAUCCAAACUUGAGAGAGUUUCCGAAGAUCCUGGACUGCGUGAAUCUAUGGAGGCAGACGUAAAUACCGCAACUCCAAGUUUAAGCAACGCCGCAGCAACGUGGGCGGGCUGGGCGGUUACAACUAUGACCGCAAAAUUCUAUCGAAGCCAAUCCGAUACUCCGAAAUCUUCGAAUCCUCAAAAUACGUCGCGAAUUUUACUUAAAAAGCCCGCGUCACUAGAACAAGCGAGCAGUUCGCAAAGCAGCGCGAGUACAACAGCGACAACAAGCAGCGCAACGAGCAUGACAUCACUCGAUCAUGAUCACGAUCACGAUUCUCAUACGGCCAACACGAACUCGGACUGUGAUUGGGACUGGGAGGCAGACAAUUGGGGUGACAUGGAACAACAACCUUCAGCUCCGGUAACCACGACGACUAGUACUGUUAUACAGCCUUCUAAUUCACCCAAAACAAACGAUCACUGGACCAGUUUGGAAGAGGAACCGGAAGAAGAAGCGGCCGAAGGAGCAGAAGAGAAAACCGAAGUUUCUGAGGCCGGUUGGGAGGAUUCUGAAUUCCAGGUUCUCGAUGAUUUCCAAACGAUCGAGCAACCGGGUGUAUCUAGUAGUUCGAAUAAAUUCGAGGAAGCGAGAAGAAAACGAGAAGAGCGAAAAUUGGCUCGGCAACAACAGAUGGAAGCAAAGAGAGCCGCAAAAUUACGGACAGGAGUUCCCGCAAAGAAAGUAUAAUUUGUAAAACCCAAAGCCAUUAUACAACCAACUAUUUCAAUACACGAACCCUGUUGUACUAUACAAACAUUGAGAUAAAAAAUCAAACAUGAAAUAAACAUUUCCAUGUGUCCCAAGUA